AUGACCACAUCACAAUUGAUUGUUGAGGCUGCUCCAAACGGAUUCGGGUGCACCAUCACUCUUCCUAGCUACGCUAAGAAUGACCCUGCCAACUUGAACGAGAGCGACUUCAAGAAGUUGUACGAGGCUACGCUAACCCACCUUGUGACCAUCAUUCCAGGCCAAGAAGAGCUUGCACCAAAGAGCCAGUACCUUUUGACCAAACGGUUUGAUCCUACAAUCCCAGAACCAAAAGAGGAAGGCCUUGGUGGCUACGGCCACGGGAAGGAAUUUCGCCACACGCAGUCGGUUCUCAGAAAAGAUGGAACUUCUGUCAAGUCUCAGCCCCAGGUGCAAAUCUUGGGUCAGGGUACUUUUGCUGCAGAUGAGCCUGGCAACGAGAAUGGUGAGGCCAUUUCUCUUACCCAUCCAUCGCACACCACAUUCCACAAGGAGCCAUUGACCGAAGACCAGAUCAAAAAGGAGCAUAGGACUCGUUUUUACCGCUGGCAUAUCGACUCUGCGCUUUACGACUUGUCGCCUCCGAUGGUGACUACUCUUUUGGGAAUUAAAGUUCCUCCUGCAACACAGACACAGCUUAUCGAUUACGAUGAUGGAACGGGUGACAAGUUGGAGUUAACACAGGGCGCCACCUGUUUUGUGUCUGGUGCCGCGGCUUUUGAUAGGCUUUCUGAUGAGGAGAAAGAGUUUGCGCUCAACACUAUUGUGGAGUACGCUCCACACCCAUAUAUAUUCAUUUCGCCAGCCAAGGCCACUAAAGAUGGCUUGACAAUGGUCUCUGAAGGUAAAGAAAUGGACCUCAAGGACCUUCCGGAAUGGGAAGAGUCCAAAAUCAAGCGUUUGCCUAUGGUCUGGACCAACCCUGUGACCAAGAAGCAUCACUUGCAGGUCCAUGGCUGUUGCAUUCACAAGUUGCACACCAAAACCGGUUCAGAGACCAAGACUUUGGGCUUGGAGGAGGCCAGAAAGAAGGUUCAUUCCAUGAUGCGUCCAGCCAUUGCCCCUCAAAAUGUAUUGGCUCAUUCAUGGAAGCAAGGUGACUUGGUGAUUUUCUUCAACAGAGGUGUAUGGCACUCAGUUACAGGCGAGUUCAAGGGCAUGCACGGUGGAGCUGACGAAAAGAGAUUGAUGCACCAAUGUAACAUUGCAAGUGGUGCUGACCCAGUAACGGCUUAA